GGGAGCGGGGCGCGAGGCUCGGAGUGUGGCCGGCGGGCGGACGGACAGACGGACGGCCGGCGGGGGUCUCGCACGCGCGGCUGCGGAGGGCGCGGCGUUGUCGGUUGGUUGCGAGUCCGCUGAGCCGACGAGCGGCUUUUCAGUUUCUUUCUCUGCCCCGUCGGAACCCCGCAGCCGGGCCCGCUCAGCUGGCGUCACCAUGACCAAGGCCGGUAGCAAGGGUGGGAACCUCCGCGACAAGCUGGACGGCAACGAGCUGGAUCUGAGCCUCAGCGACCUGAAUGAGGUCCCCGUCAAAGAGCUGGCUGCCCUUCCAAAGGCCACUGUACUGGAUCUGUCCUGCAAUAAACUGAGUACUCUACCGUCGGAUUUCUGUGGCCUCACACACCUGGUGAAGCUGGACCUGAGUAAGAACAAGCUGCAGCAUCUGCCGGCAGACUUUGGUCGUCUGGUCAACCUCCAGCACCUGGAUCUCCUCAACAACAGGCUAGUCACCCUGCCUGUCAGCUUUGCUCAGCUCAAGAAUCUGAAGUGGCUGGACCUGAAGGAUAACCCCCUAGAUCCUGUCCUGGCCAAAGUGGCAGGCGAUUGCUUGGAUGAGAAGCAGUGUAAGCAGUGUGCAAACAAG